AAGGAAGUUCCGGACUCCACAGCAGCUCUCGGCGGCCUGCAACAUGGACGACGUGACAACAUGGCCAGAAGUGCAGAAAGCCGCCGCAGAAAAGAGACGAGAGUUGGUCCUUCAAGGUGCGGCAGCCGACCAGAAGAUUGCCUCCCAAGGAGGCCUCGCGCCCGCCGUUUAUUCCCUCACUCUGCUCAAUUAUCUGGAGGUUAGCCAGUGCCCGAGUCUGACGGAGCUCCACGACGACGUCCAGCGUCUGGUCAACCUCCAGAGUCUCAUCCUGUGCAGAAACAAACUGGCCUCCAUGCCGAAUCUCAUCAGCAGCCUCAAGUCCCUGAAAGUUCUGGACGUUUCGGUGAACAACCUCAAGGUUUUACCGGAAGGCGUCACUCAUCUCCGAGAGCUGACCACCUUGAAUGUGAGCUGCAACCACCUGCAGGCUCUCCCGGAUGGUCUGAGCCGCUGCACCAAGCUCUCCACCCUCAACAUCUCCAAGAACCGCAUCGCCGGCUUCCCCGCGGAUCUCUACUCGGAACGCCUGGACCUGCUCAGCACUCUGGUGGCCUCGGAUAACGCCAUCGUGGAGCUCAGCAGGGACGUCCACAGGCUGUCUGCUCUGAAGGUGCUGGAUCUCUCCAACAACAAGCUGAGCGAGAUCCCGUCGAGUCUGAGCGACUGCUCCAAGCUGAAGGAGAUCAACUUCAAGGGCAACAAGCUCAACGACAAGCGCCUGGAGAAGAUGAUGAACGGCUGCCAGACCAAGUCCAUCCUGGACUACCUCCGAGGCAAAGGGAGGCAGGCCGAGGACCGAGGCGACGAGGACGGAGGGCGCGGCGCCGACAAGAAGAAGAAGCAGCAGCCGCAAAAGAAGAAGAACAAGAAGAAGGAGGCGGAAGACGAGGACGACGAGGUGGAAGAAGUGAACAAGAUGGUGGUGAAGGUUCUCCGCGUUUCCGACGCUCCUGCCGCCCUCACGGUCCGAGUGAACGCAGACGUGAAGGACGUGCGGCCUUACUUGGUGUGCUGUGUGGUCCGAGGCAUGAACCUCAAAUCUGGGAACGCUCUCAAGAGGUUCCUGAUUGCCCAGACAAAGCUCCAUGAGGACGUGUGUGGAAGGAGGACCAUCGCCACCAUUGCCACUCAUGAUGUGCAGCUUCUCAAAGGUCCCCUGGUGUAUGACGCCAUACCUCCCACACAGCUGAAGAUCGUGCCGCUGGGUCGGAAGGAGAUGACGGCCGUGGAGCUGAUAAGACAACUUCAGCUGGAGGCCGAUGAGCUGAGGAAGCAGAAGAAGAGGCAGAAUGUCACAGGCCUCCACAAAUACCUCCAGCUCCUGCAAGGUAAAGCAGCGUAUCCCUGCCUGGUGGAUGCUGAGGGACACGUCAUCUCAUUCCCGCCCAUCACAAACAGUGAGAAAACUAAGAUCAAGAGGACGACCCAGGAGUUGUUCUUGGAGGUGACGAGUGCCAGCAGCCUGCAGAUCUGUAAAGAUGUCAUGGACACUCUGAUUGCGAAAAUGGCCGAGUUGAACAAGUUGACAGCCGAGCACCGGGAGGAGGCGGGGUCCGGCGGGGAGGGGGACGUCCCACCACCGGACCAGGCAGUCGGCACGGAGGCCACCAGCGAGCUGACCGUCCAGCAGAUUCGGACCGUCGACCAGGACGGGAACCUGAAGGUGGUCUACCCGUCUAAGACCGACCUGGCCCAAGACGUCUCUAACUUAACUGUCGUUUGGUAGCUGGAACUAAAGAUGAAGAUUGCAGCAAAGUAACAACAUACUGAUUUUAUUAAAGGGAACAUUAAAGUUCAUUUUUGUCACAUUUCUUCAAAUACUUCCAUUUUCUACCGCUUGUCCCUUAUGAAUAAUACUAGAAAAUCAUUGAGUACAUCAUUUCCCCUCUUCCCAAACAAUAUACAUGCAUACUAGAGAUGUCCGAUAAUGGCUUUUUUGCUGAUAUUGUCCAACUCUUAAUUACCGAUUCCGAUAUCAACCGAUACCGAUAUAUACAGUCGUGGAAUGAACACAUUAUUAUGCCUAAUUUGGUGGUGAUGCCCCGCUGGAUGCAUUAAACAAUGUAACAAGGUUUUCCAAAAUAAAUCAACUCAAGUUAUGGAAAAAAAUGCCAACAUGGCACUGCCAUAUUUAUUAUUGCUGUCCAUCCAUCCAUUUCCCACUGCUUAUCCCUUUCUGGGUUGGAAGGGGGUGCUGGUGCCUAUCUCAGCUUCAAUCGGGCGGAAGGCGGGGUACACCCUGGACAAGUCGCUAUCUCAUCGCAGGGCCAACACAGAUAGACAGACAACAUCCACACUCACAUUCACACACUAGGACCAAUUUAGUGUUGCCAAUCAACCUAUCCCCAGGUGCAUGUCUUUGGAGGUGGGAGGAGCCUAUCCCCAGGUGCAUGUCUUUGGAGGUGGGAGGAGCCUAUCCCCAGGUGCAUGUCUUUGGAGGUGGGAGGAGGCCGGAGUACCCGGAGGGAACCCACGCAGUCACGGGGAGAACAUGCAAACUCCAAACAAAAAGAUCCUGAUCGCAGGCUCGAACCCACGACCUUAGUAUAGUGAGGCAGUCGUACUAAUGCAUGUACCUAAAUAGAAAAUAAUCUAAAAUUAUUUUUUAUGUUUUUGGUCAAAUAUGCAGUUAAAAGGGACGGCGUGGCGCAGUGGGAGAGUGGCCGUGCGCAACCCGAGGGUCCAUGGUUCAAAUCCCACCUAGUACCAACCUCGUCACGUCCGUUGUGUCCUGAGCAAGACACUUCACCCUUGCUCCUGAUGGGUGCUGGUUGGCGCCUUGCAUGGCAGCUCCCUCCAUCAGUGUGUGAAUGUGUGUGUGAAUGGGUAAAUGUGGAAGUAGUGUCAAAGCGCUUUGAGUACCUUGAAGGUAGAAAAGCGCUAUACAAGUACAACCCAUUUAUUUAUUUAAAAUCUUCACGUUUAGGUUGAUUGGCAACACCAAAUUGGCCCUAGUGUGUGAAUGUGAGUGUGAAUGUUGUCUGUCUAUCUGUGUUGGCCCUGCGAUGAGGUGGCGACUUUUCCACGGUGUACCCCGCCUUCCGCCCGAUUGUAGCUGAGAUAGGCGCCAGCGCCCCCCGCGACCCCAAAAGGGAACAAGCGGUAGAAAAUGGAUGGAUGGAUGGACGUUUAUAAUUUGACGGAUCGUGAAAAAUCUGCACACUAUGAACCCUAGGAAAACACACUUUAAAGAAGCUUAUUUGUCAUUUUAAGCAACAAUACACAUCAUAAUUGCAUCACCAUACAUGAAAUAGUAGGUCAAGGGAUCAUUAUUGCAGUGUUUUCAACCACUGUGCCGUGGCACACUCACAAAGUACAUUAUUUUUUUGCCUCGAAAUAGCAGCUUGGAAUUUGGGACAUACUCUCCCUGAGAGGGCAUGAUGAGGUUGAGGUUGGGCAGGGUUGAGGUCCCGACAGAGUUAGUGCUGCAAGGGAUUCUGGGUGUUUGUUCUAUUGUGUUACGGAGCGGAUGUUCUCCCGAAAUGUGUUUGUCAUUCUUGUUUGUUGUGGGUUAACAGUGUGGCCCAUAUUUGUAACAGUGUUAUAGUUGUUUAUAAGCCCACCCUCAGUGUGAC